GCUUUUAUUUCAUUGCAUUAUAGGGUUUUCACCUGCAUAGCUGGCAGUGUGCACUCUUUCAUUUCAGAUCAUACGAGGUGUGUGAUCAUGGCAACAGUAACUAUGCUGUGAAUUUUCUUUUGUCAUGUUUAAUUGACUGGUCAUUUAGGAGCCAGCUUGGCCAGAGGAACAGAGGAACUCAACUAACAACUAUCUUCUAUUCAAAUAUCAGAUUCACAAAAGCAUUUUUUAACCCCUAAUUAUGCAUUAAAAAUCUGGAAGAAGCCUUCCAAGUGAAAUAUCUUCAGAUAUCACAGACUUCUGUUUUGUUAUUAAGCUGUACUCGUUGCUAAGGAAGAACAGAGAAGAUCAAAGGACUUCUAACAACUGGAAACUCAAAGGUGAGGGAGUUUUGAUUUCUUUAAAGAUUUAUCACCGAUCUACAACGGUUGUUCGUUCAUAGUUCUAUGAAAAGACUGAAAAUAUGUGAGCCUGCUUUGCUAUUUCCUAUUUACCUUCAAACAAUACCUCAAUUCACUUUUUGAUUAGCAACAUGAACAUGCAUUCAAGCAGCCUGUUUACAAAUCCAUACGCAAUUGAAGUCCUAAGGACUAAAAAAGAAGAGCUCGUACAAGGCAUAAAUGACCCAGACCAGCUCCUGCACUGGCUGAUAGAAAAUGGUAUUUUUACCCCAGAAAAAAAGCUGGUCCUGAGUUUCUACAGGACACGAACAGAAAAGAACUCUCGGGUUUUAGACAUACUCAUUUCUCAAGGUGAACGAGCCUGCAGGCUCUUUUUUUAUCCAUGUUUAAAGCAAGUGGAGCCAAAACUUUACAGCAAGAUAAGAAAAUACGUUAGUGAAGUAAAUGAAAGCAUUGGAGAUGCCAGAAGACAAUUGGUUGGGUAUUUACUUGAAAAAGAUAAGGUUUGGGUUGAAAAUAGCAGUGAACAGCGCCAGGGGAAAAAAGACAGACCUGUGGGAAAAAAGCAUAAAGGGGCAAUUAAGAAGAAAGGAAAAGUAACUCCACUUUCAAGGGCAACAAAGCCUAGAAAAGAUCAUGCUGCUGUCGACAUCUUUGCUGCAGUUGCUAAAGGCUCCCUGCCUGAGUUAGAGAAAACACUGAAGGAUGAUGAUCUCAGUGUGCUAAACCCUUCCAGUGAAACUCUUUUGCAUGUUGCAGCUGCCAAUGGCCAUCUAUCCAUCAUGGAAUAUUUGCUCAGCAAAGGUGCAAGGACAGGUGUGAAGGACAGGAAAGGGAGAACAGCCCUGCACAGGGCUGCUGAGAAAGGCCACGGAGGUGCAGUCAAGGUGCUUCUCCAAGGUGGUGCUUCCAUGCACGCUCUGGACAGGGAAGGCAAGACACCACUUCACUGGGCUGCAGAGAAUAACCACAGUCACAUAUUGAAAAUGCUCCUGAAAGAAGAGGCAAGGAGUUGCAGGAACCAGCACAACUUUUUGCACAUGGCAGCUCUUAGAGAUGAGAGCAGCCUAGCCAAAAUGCUUCUAGAGGCUGGUUCCUCCACUGAAGGAAAGGAUGAGAGAGGACAGACUGCUCUCAGUUACGCUGUUUCUCGGGGAUCUGAAAACACUGCAAAAGUACUUCUAGAAGCUGGAGCCACUGUUGAUUCCAACAUGGUUGAAAGAGCCUUCAACAGCGACCACCCAUCCAUCUUCAAAAUACUACUGGAAUAUUCUAAAGAUCUGUCCUCUGAUAUAAAGAAGACAGCUCUUUUUAGAGCUGUACAGAGGAAUCUGCAUGGUGUUGUAGCAGCUUUAGUAGACAGAGGCACAGAUAUCAAUGCCCGCAAUGAAAUUCAUUACACCCCUUUGCUGCUGGCCUGUGAAAUGGGCAAAGCAGAGUCAGCACAAGUUCUCAUGGAAAAAGGAGCAAACUUGGAAAUAAGGACUCCUGCUGCAGACACAGCUCUGCACUUGGCAGUUCGGGCUGGGGCCGCUUCCAUCGCAGAUCUGCUCCUGCGCAAGGGGAUGGACACAAACGUCAGGAACCAAGCCGAGGAAGCCCCGCUCCACAUUGCUGCGCUCCAGAAUAAGGGAGCAUUGGUAAGCCUUUUAGUCAAUGCUGGGGCCAAAACUAACGCUGUCACUAAAGACUUUGUUACUCCCCUGCACAUCGCAAGUCAGAGAGGUCACGCCGAUGUUGCCCGACAGCUGCUGCACCACAAAGCUCACGUUAACGCUCAGGACAAGCAGGCAAAGUCCCCUUUACAUUUGGCUGCUGAGCAGGGAGACAAAACAAUGGCAGAGAUGCUCCUGAAGGCCAGAGCUGAUCCCAACGCACAGGACAAGGAGAAGAAGACUCCCCUGCACGCUGCAGCCACAAGAGGACACCUCAGCAUUGUGGAAGUGCUGUUGGCUAACAAAGGGAGAGCUGGAGCUAAGGACAUGGAUGGAUGCACCCCGCUGCACUAUGCCACCAUGAAAGGAAACAUAGACAUCGUAAAAAUUCUGCUGGCCUCAGAAAAAAAUAAAAAUAUUGACGACAGAAACAUUUGGAGGAAGACAGCCCUGCAUAUUGCAGCGGAGUAUGGACAUGGAGAGGUGAUAAAUCUCCUCCUGAGCCACGGCGCUGCUAUCAACGCCUUGGACAGCAGCAGGGACACUGCCCUGCACUGCGCCUGCAGGGCCGGACACCUCAGGGCUGUGAGCGCCCUCCUCAACUGCCCACGAGGGGAAAAAGCAAGUUUGCUUGCUGUGAACAGCCUCAGAAAGACUCCACUGCAAGUAGCAGAAUUUAAUAAGACAGAAAAUCAGGCUCAAAUUGUAACCCUGUUGAGAAAGAAAAUGUUAAUAACAAAAUGAAGAUGUAAAAAAAACCCCUUAACAUUUAAAUUCUCUUUAAUGUAAUUUGAAUAGUCCUAUUGUAGAGUAUGAUUGAGAAUUAUGCUUGAGCUGGCAGAAUUAAGUUAGCAAAGGUGAUCUUGGAAAAAAAUGGAUCUUAAAGACACUUAAACUUUUAAGUAUUGAUCGGUCUUCUACUUCUCUCAUGAAUGUCAUACUUGGGACCUAUUUAAAAUGCUCUAGCCUUAAACACAUUGUGUUUGACCUCCUCUAGUAUAAAUCAAGACAAAGAUAGAAAAUAUCUUUUCAUAUAUCUGUGAAUAUUAGCCUGUAUGGAUAGCUUAGUUAAGCAUUGUUUGGUAAAACUACAAUUAAAAAAAAAUCUAUUAUGAAUAAGAUGUCUGUAUCCUCAAGGUAUUCCUGAGACUACAACAAUUAUUAACAAUUAUUUUUCUUUCUUUUAUCAUACCAUUGUCUAGAUUUUGCAUUUUUAAGUAGAGAGAAC